AUGAGGCUUCUUUGUCUGCUGCCGCUGGUCUUCCUGGCCGGCGGCGGUGCCUCCAGGCCCAGAGACUGGGCUCAUCACGGCGCCCCCAUGUUUGCGGACCUCACGGUGCAGGAGAUGAAGGCGGUCCGUUCCUACCUGCACGCCGUUCCAGAGAUGCAUCUCACCAGUGCUGAAAGCAAGACUCUGAAGAAGAACAGCAUCCUCCUGAUGGAGCUCCACGUCCCCAAGAAGCACGAGGCGCUCAGAGCUCUGGACCGCGGACACGCCAGACCGCCUCGCCAAGCCCGCGUCAUCAUCCAGUUCGGGAACCAGAGCAAGCCGAACAUCACCGAGUACACCGUGAGUCCUCUGCCGAGGCCCAAGACUCACAAAGUCAGGACAUUCAAGGGGGGGCGGCCGGUGGCGUUCGACUCCAGGCCCAUCACCAGCGUGGAGUACCAUCAUCUUACCAAGACCCUCGAGAAGAUCACAAUGAGAGCUCACACGCUCCUGCUGGAGACCACGGGCGGAUUUUCCUUCACUAACUGUUCAAACCGCUGCCUGACGUUCUCGGACAUCGCCCCCCGUGGGCUGGGUCCCGGGGAAAGGAGAACCUGGAUCAUGCUGCAGAAGUUCGUUGAGGGUUAUUUCAUCCACCCAGUUGGGUUUGAGGUUCUGAUCAACCACAGGGACCUGGAUCCGGAAAAGUGGACUGUGGAGAAGGUCUGGUACAACAGCAUGUACUUCGACAGUGUCGAGGAGCUGGUGGAAAAGUACGAAUCAGGGAAGGUGGGAAAAGUCAAAUUGCCAGAUCAUGAUGAAAAUGACCUUUUCUCCACCUACGUUCCCCGAGGUCACUUCAACACGCCCACGGACAUCCACGGGCCGAAGCUGGUGGAGCCUCAGGGGCGCCGCUACCACAUCGACCGCAAUUUCGUGGAGUACGCCGGCUGGUCGUUCGCCUAUCGAGUUCGCUCGACAGCCGGCCUUCAAGUCUUUGACCUCCGUUUCAACGGAGAACGGAUCGCCUAUGAGAUCAGCCUCCAGGAAGCCAUCGCCUUCUACGCCGGCGACACGCCGGCCGCGAUGCAAACCAAGUACAUCGACGCGGGCUGGGCGAUGGGCACCUCAAACUAUGAGCUCGCCCCGGGCAUCGACUGCCCGGAAAUCGCCACCUUCGUUGACCUCUACCACUUUUUCGACACGGACAAACCCGUGCGGUACAGAAACGCGCUCUGCAUCUUCGAGAUGACCACGGCCAUGCCUCUGAGACGGCACUUCGACUCUGACUUCCAUGGCGGAUACAACUUCUUCGGCGGGCUGGACAACACUGUGCUGGUCUUGCGGACCACCUCGACGGUUUAUAACUACGAUUACAUCUGGGACUUCGUCUUUUACCAGAACGGCGUUGUGGAAGUGAAGGUCAGCGCCACAGGAUACAUCCACGCCACCUUCUUCACGCCCAACGGGCUCCACUAUGGAACGAAGGUGUACGACUAUGUGCUGGGUAACCUGCACACACAUCUCAUCCAUUACAAAGUAGACCUGGACCUUGCUGGCCGUGAAAACAGCGUGGAGUCGAUGGACCUGAGGUUUGUCAACAUCACCAAUCCCUGGAGCCCGGGACACUUCGUCGUCCAGUCCAAACUCCACAGGACGGAGCUGAAGACGGAGCGAUCGGCCGCCUUCCGCUUCGGCAGGAAGUUCCCCCGCUACGUUCACUUUUACAACCCCAGUGAGAAAAACAAGUGGGGCCACAGCAGGGGGUAUCGCAUCCAGCUGAACUCGCAUGCCCACAGUGUCCUGCCAAGAGGCUGGAGGGAGGAAAACGGCAUCAGCUGGUCCAGGUAUCCUCUGGCCGUGACCCGCCACAAAGACCACGAAGCCACCAGCAGCAGCAUCUACGCCCAGAACGACCCCUGGGAGCCGGCCGUGUCCUUCGAGGACUACAUCCGCAACGACGAGGACAUCGUCAAGAAGGACCUGGUUGCCUGGGUGACGGUGGGCUUCCUGCACGUGCCUCACUCGGAGGACAUCCCCAACACGGCGACGCCGGGCAACGCCGUGGGCUUCUUCCUGCGGCCCUUCAACUUCUUCGACGAGGAUCCGUCGCUGGCGUCCAGGAGCACCGUCAUCGUCCGGCCCGGUCCGGACGGAACGCCCCGGGUCCAGCGGUGGACCCCCGAGGUCGUAGGUCACUGUGUGACCCAGCAGCCGUUCUUCUACAACGGGACCUACGGUGGAGUGUAG